UCCGUCCUGCGUCCUCCUCCUCCUCCUCCUCCUCCGUGGUCCUCGGGCGGCGGUCCGGGCUGGAAGGUUUGCGGGAGGGAGUCCAGGCGCCGCAGGAAACAAAAUGAGGAUCAAACUUGUUGAGAAACUUCAAAAAGCAGGAACAGCUUCCUGAAUGUCUUGGAAUAAGGAGGCCGGGACAGAGUUUCCUGCCUCAGGCUUGGGUCCCUGAGCCAGUGACAUGUGGUUGACCUGAGGGGCCACCCAGGAUGGAGGCCGAGGAGCCUGGGGACAGAGCCGACCACGACUCAGGGCGGCCGGUACUCGGACUGGAUGGGAACGGGAGCCUGCUGCUGGCUCAUGAAAACCCUCUGCCCCCACAGAAGAUCUCCGCAGCUGGGAGCUGGGCGGCUGCCAGCCAGGAUGGUGAGGUGGCUUCUCCGCCCCUGAGCCAUGGGGAGAGGAUUUCUCUGGCCCCCCUGCUGGAUAAGCUGGGGCUGGAGGAGGGGGCCACCGGUGCCUUUGAGGGAGGAGACCUCCCCUUGGCGGGCACACCUGUCCGAAACCUGGCUGGGCCAGAGAACAAACAAGAGCUUGACUGUUCCCAACAGGAGUCCGAGGAUUCGGGACCCAGACAUCCCGGGCUCCUCACCCCCUUGAACGGGACGCAGGUGGAGUCAGAUGGUGCAACUCUGCAGGGCCCUGGGGAAUCAGUCGAUAGCCAGCGGUAUGGACCGGUGAGCGGGACCGUGUCUCCGUCAUCCUCUUCCACGCAGUCCCCGUCCGGCACGGAUGAGAUGUGCGUAGGAGACCAAAGCUCUGACACGCAGAGUCCCGAGUCACUGUGGAUGGACCUGUCGGCGCUGGACACCCCCGGGGCCCUGGACGUUGCCUUCCCCAGUCCCUCUGACGGUGCCCUGCGGCCUGCAGAGGUUCCCGCCGCCUUGGUUCGUGAUGAUCCUCACUCAUAUCCUCAGAGCAGCGGCAGUGAUGGCGACGGGGUCAUCGGACCUGCUGGAGGGGGAAUAGAGAUGGUGGGGGUCAGCCCCCACAGCUCAGGAGAAGAUCUCCCAGCUGGAUCACCCACACUGGAGCCAGCUGGUGAUUUGUUGGCUGAUCAAAAGACCAGUGUCUUGGGACAGGAGCCGCUGGGCCCUCCUGCAGCAGCCCCGUGCUCAUCCAGAAACAGACUUGGUCACCCAGGUAUUGAGCACCCUCUGCCUGUGGUGUCCGGGGAUGGCCCUCGCCAGCCAGGACUGCGGCCUCAGGACGAGGCGGAUGUCACCAGAGAAAUUCCGACACCGCCAGGGAACCCCACUCCCAAGGGGAGCAGGUCAGCCCCGGAGAGGUCCACUGAGUCGUUGGGCCUGACCUCGCUGGAGCUCCAGGGUGAGCUCACAUACAUAGUUUUGAGCCCUGGUUCUGGGGGCUGCACCUCCACACCCAUCCCGGGUGCCCAGGUCACGUUUCCAUCUGCGGCGUUGGACAAGCUGGUGGUCAGCUCGUGCCAGCCGGGAAAAGCGGGCCCAGGAGCACAGGGUGGAAAGGGCAUGUUGGCCAAAACUCUGGGGCCCCUGCCGGGGUCGGUGGCCGGGAAGCUGAACCCCAGGCCCGGUACCCCAUCUGGGGGCCGCUUGCGGAAAGCCCAGAUCGUCAGCUUCCCGAAGCCCAACUUCCAGAACGUCCGACCGAAGGUGAUCUCACGGCUGGUGCCUGGCGAUCGGGUGCUGGUCCGAUCCCCGCAGGUGUCUGCUUCCCCACGGCUGCCAGCCGCCGGCCCUAGACCACCGUGCUCCAUGCGGCCGGGAGCUACGGUCCUCACCAGUAAGGCCGACAAGCAGCCGCCGCUCAGCCGGCCGAGCCCGGGCCCCGCCGGACAGGGGGCUUCCCGCUUGAGAAAUGCCUGCUCCCAGGCCCCCUGCGUGGCGCCAGGGACCAAGCCUUCCGGCCCCCAGGGGUUUGCCGUGCCCACUCCGGCGGGGGUUCACCGGAGGCCCCGGCUCCCCCUGGAUAGUCAGAGGGAGAGCACUAGGGUUCUGGGGGAGACAUUCACCCCGAGCAGCGAACACCAUGGGAGCCGAGGGAAGCUGGACGAGACCUACGACCGGGUACCUCUGGGCUGGGCCUCUGAGGGGGCUACCAAGACCCUGUUGGGCCACAGCCCCCCAUCCCAGACCAGCCUUCCAAGUUGUGGGGAGGCUCCGGUUCUCGCAGCCGCCGUCGGGAACUCCUCACUUUCCCCACGCCAGAACGGCAACAGCAGAAACGUCCAUCCCACCCGAGCCAUAUCUCCUCCAAGGGAACAGCCUCCCGCUGCCUCCAGAAAUCCAGCAGCGGCCUGUGGGAGGGCAUCGUUUCUGAAACGCUGCCUCCCCUCCGGCACAGGGGAAGAUCCCACGUCUCCACGCAGAAAGCCCGUGGCCAAGAAGGUCUGCCCGGUGGCAGGACCCGUGCCCAGAUCGCAGCUGCCCCCGGCGGGGCCCGUGCGGCAGAGGAUGCCCAGCGGCUCUUCGAUCAGCAGCUCUCGGAGCGGUGGCAGCACGAGCAGUGGGAGUGCCAUCAAUGCCGCUUUCGUCAAGAACCGGAAGAACCCUCUCCCCGCACCGUUUUCCAAUGGCAUCCCAGCACCUGUGUUCCCAAAGCCCCAGGCUCCUAGGGUCCGGCUGCCCUCCGCGAGGAGCCCAGCGAAAGGGGCAAAGAGCAAGGUUGCUGCGGGUGGCCCUGGCCUGGCCCCGUCCCCUAGGGGACCGAGCAGGGCCGCUGAUGCCAAGACCAGGCCGUUUCUGGGCUCGAGGCAGAAUGUGUCCAGGCUCCUGUUUCCAGCCUCCAAUCUGGUGGAGAGGAGCAAGGAGAAGACCGGAGGCAGGCUGGGCUCCCACCUGCCAGCGUCUCCAGACCGGCCCCCUCCGGACAGUGGCCCUGAGCUGGCCCGGGUCAGAGCCACGUGUGAGAAGCAGCACGGCACCAUCCUGCAGCUGCGGCGCCUCCUGGUCAGCGGUUCCCGUGGGGUCGAGGCACUGGCCGUGGUGAUCCAACACUUGCUGGCUGAGCGGGAGGAGGCACUCAGACAGCGCAAAGCCACUUCGCAGGAGCUGGCAACCCUGCGGGAAGAGCUAGUCUUGGCCUCGACCGCCCGCGAGCAGCUGGAGAGGGACAAGCGGGACCAGCAGACGACGUAUGAAGGGUUAAUUCAGAAGCUGGACCAACACUACCAGGCUGACCGGACCGAGCUGGAGGAGCGGCUCCGAGACUUCUACACCGCCGAGUGCGAGAAGCUGCGGACGCUGUGCAUCCGGGAGGCUGAGAAUUACAAGGAGCAGCUGCAGGGCCAGGUUGACACCCUGACGACGUCCCACGAGGCCUUCAAGCAGGCGUGUGAGUCCAGCCAUGCGGAGAAAAUAGACCUGCUGAGGGAGGAAUAUGAAACAUCGCUGUCGGAAAUCAAGAGGAGCCACGAGCAGGACAAGAAGUCUCUGGAGGACUCCCUACUAGAGAGACGGGAGCUGCUAGAGAAGCAGAUCCUCGAGCUCCAGGCCGAGAAUGAGGCUGUUGGGGAGAGGCUGAAGCAGGAGGAACAGCGGAGGCUCUCCAGGGAGAAAGCAGACCAAAACCCCCAGCUCAUGUACCUGGAGCAGGAGCUGGAGAGCCUGAGAGCCGUGCUGGAGAUCAAGAACGAGAAACUGCACCAGCAGGACAUCAAGCUGCUGAAGAUGGAGAAACUGGUGGACCACAAUGCGGCCUUGGUGGAGAAGCUGCAACGACUUCAGCAGGAGAAUGAGGAGCUGAAAGCCCGCAUGGACAAACACCUGGCAUUCUCCAGGCAGCUUUCAACAGAGCAGGCAGUGCUGCAGGAGUCACUGGAGAAGGAGUCGAAGGUCAACAAGCGCCUGUCCAUGGAGAACGAGGAGCUGCUGUGGAAACUGCACAAUGGCGACCUAUGCAGCCCCCGGAAAUCCCCCCCGGCCCCGCAGGACCCCAGCCCCAGUUCCUCCCCGAGAUGACGUCGGCCCGCCCCGCGCUGCUGAACUGGAACUGGACACCGGAUGUCAGAAACGGCUCUUCUGGUCCCACGGGAGGACAGGGCUGCACACGGCGCGGGCUGGGGAUUGCACACGGCACUUGGGGUGAAGGGCCAGUCUGGCCCGGCCCAGGGGAGGAUCCGAUCCGGGGCCGGGAGGCCGCUGCCCAGGGUGAGGGUUGGGGGGGAGGGGGGUGCCUGCCGCCGUCACCGCCUGAUGAAAGCUGGAGCUUCACUCAGCCCAACGUUGUCCCUGUGAAGGCCCAAGCUGUCAACGGGCAAAGUCAGAGGUCAAACUAGGAAUCCCCUCUCCCCCUCACACCCAGCCUCAGGGCCAAUUUCCUUCUGAGGGUCUAGGUGGUUGGCAGCGGUUGCCCUUCCCCAGAAUCCAGCUGGAAUGGCUGCUGGACUUCCGGCCUCACCCAGAGCAGCGGGCAUAGAGGACCCUAGGUGGAGCAUUAAUUAAUUAAUUGAUUGGAUUGGAGCCUGUCAAUCAUUAUCCCACACUGGGACAUCUCCCCACCGCCAUGUCCACUGUUCCAGGUAACUGCGUGAGAGGGGGAUCUGGGCAGAGAAAAUCCAGGUGGGUGCCCGAGGGCGAUCAGGGACACAACCUCAUAUGCGGUACUGGGGAGGGACUGGAGCACCGGGAGCCAGAGGAGCGCCUGCUGCCAUUGAUGAUAAAUACGAUUGAUGAUCAUUACAGGAAGUGGCUGGAGAAGGCCUUCCUGGCCACACGUUCCGCCUAGGGACUGGGUGAGGUAGGUGGUCCGUUUUGAGCCGCUCCAGGUGGCCCAGAUGCAGUAGCAUGUUCCGUUUGAGCCGUUCCAGUUGACCCGGAACGACUUUGAAGCCGAAGUGGUCACCAGGGGAGAGGCUAAUGCUGACAGCGGCCACUGCGUGCCUCGUGCUGGGCAUGGGCUUAGAUAGGAUUGGCUCCUAAGCUUUUCGGCACUUCUGACCACAAACGCCUGAGGCUUGCUGGGGCGGGGUUGCCUCCGAUCGGAACCUUCCCGAGUCAAAGGUGGCGGCGGCGGGUCAUGUGUUUUGCAGUUGGUGGGUGUUUAAUAAAUGCAUUUUUACUGAUUUCA